CGUCUGUCCUCUGUUGGUCAAUAAAGUUUUGUUUUAAGGCCGGUAAAGAUGGCGGAAUACGAUCUAACAACUAAGAUAGCCCAUUUUGUGGACCGACAUCUGGUUUUUCCUCUGUUGGAGUUCUUAUCUGUGAAAGAGAUCUACAAUGAGAAGGAACUCCUCCAGGGAAAGCUGGAGCUCCUCAGUGACACCAACAUGGUGGACUUCGCCAUGGAUGUGUACAAAAACUGGUACCCAGACGAAGAAAUCCCACACUCCUUGAGGGAGAAGAGGAGCAACGUGGUGGCCCAACUGAAGCAGCUCCAGUCGGAGACAGAGCCCAUCAUCAAGAUGUUUGAAGACCCAGAGACCACACGGCAGAUGCAGUCCACCAGGGAUGGGAGGAUGCUGUUUGACUACCUGUCAGAGAAACACAAUUUUCGUCAGGAGUACCUGGACACGCUGUACAGGUAUGCAAAGUUCCAGUAUGAGUGCGGGAACUACUCUGGGGCUGCAGAAUACCUCUACUUCUUCUGCGUCCUGGUUCCCUCCACAGACAGGAAUGCUUUGAGUUCUUUAUGGGGAAAACUGGCCUCAGAGAUCCCGAUGCAGAACUGGGAAGCAGCUAUGGAGGAUCUGACCCGUCUGAGGGAAACCAUUGACAACAACUCUGUGAGCUCUCCCCUCCAGUCGCUCCAGCAGAGGACCUGGCUCAUCCACUGGUCUCUGUUUGUGUUUUUCAACCAUCCCAAAGGCAGAGACAACAUCAUCGAUCUCUUCCUCUACCAGCCUCAGUACUUGAAUGCCAUCCAGACGAUUUGUCCACACAUCCAACGGUACCUCACAACUGCAGUCAUCACCAACAAGGAUGUACGGAAGCGACGGCAGGUGCUGAAGGACCUGGUGAAAGUCAUCCAGCAGGAGUCGUACACAUACAAGGACCCGAUCACAGAGUUUGUGGAGUGUCUCUACGUGCACUUUGACUUUGACAGCGCUCAAAAGAAGCUGAGGGAGUGUGAGUCGGUUCUGAUGAACGAUUUCUUCCUGGUGGCUUGUUUGGAGGAUUUUAUCGAGAACGCCCGUCUCUUUAUCUUUGAGACCUUCUGUCGGAUACAUCAGUGCAUCAGCAUUAGCAUGCUGGCAGACAAACUCAACAUGUCUCCGAUCCGAAACGCCAGACUAGACGCCAAGAUCGACUCCAAACUGGGUCACGUUGUCAUGGGAAACAACGCAGUGUCGCCGUACCAGCAGGCGAUUGAGAAGACCAAGAGCUUGUCUUUCCACAGCCAGAUGUUGGCCAUGAACAUCGAGAAGAGGGUGGCCCACAGCAACAGGAAUGAGACACCAAACUGGGCGGCUCAGGACCCCGGCUUUUACUGAGAUGGAACCACCCUCAUGAAGAUCCAAACAGCUCAUUUUAAUAAUAUCUAAGCUGUUUAUUACCAGUUUAACCAGUAAUUUUGUAACUUAUUGAGCAAAACUAAAUCUAGAAGCUGCAGAUGAGUCUGAUGAAGACUUUUUAUUUAUUUUCUCCUGUUUGAAACAUGUGACUAACUUAACUUUUUAGUUUUGUUUGGAUGGUUUUGAAAUGCUGCUCUGACCUUUUAAGUCAUUACAUUAAAUGUUUGUAUCCCUCUUGA